AUGAACUUUUGCAUCAACAGUCAUGAUGACAGCAACCACCGUAAUGACACCAACAACAACUGCAGAUGGACAUCCAACAUCCACAACAACACCUCCAACUACGACAACAGAACUACCAACCACUACAACAGCACCUCCGACCACCACAACCACACCACAAACCACUACAACAGGACCCCGGACCACCACAACAGGACCACUGACCACCACAACACACCUCCAACCGCCACGACACCACCAACCACGACAACAGCACCUCCGACCACCACAACAGCACCGACAAGCACUACAACAGCAUCACCGACCACAACAACCGCAGAACCAACUACGACAACAGUGUCUCUGACCACAACAAGGACAACCCCAACCACUACGACUACAGCACCUCCGACCACGACAACAACACCACCAACCACAACAACGACAACCACCAUUACAACAACAGCAACCUCCGCUACAACAGCACCUCCAACCACCACUACAACAACAAACACCACCAACCACUACAACACCAUCACCAACUACUACAACAGAAACUCCAACCACCACUACAACAACACCACCAACCACUACAACAGCACCUCCAACCACCACUACAACAACACCACCACCACAACCACAACUACAACAACACCACCAACCACAACUACAACAACACCACCACCAACAACAACAACACCAUCCACCACUACAACAACACCACCAACCACUACAACAGAAACUCCAACCACCACUACAACAGCACCUCCAACCACCACUACAACAACACCAACCACUACAACAGCAACUCCAACCACCACUACAACAAGACCACCAACCACUACAACAGAAACUCCAACCACCACUACAACAACACCACCAACCACUACAACAGCACCUCCAACCACCACUACAACAACACCACCAACCACUACAACAACACAAACCACCAUUACACCAACAACCGCUACAACAGCACCUCCGACCACAACAACAACACCACCAACCACAACAACGACAACCACCAUUACAACAACAGCAACCUCCGCUACAACCACCACUACAACAACACAACCAACCACUACAACACCACCACCAACCACUACAACAGCAACUCCAACCACCACUACAACAACACCACCAACCACUACAACAACAUCACCAACCACUACAACAGCAACUACAACCACCACUACAACACCACCGCCAACCACUACAACAGCACCACCAACCACUACAACAGCACCUCCAACCACCACUACAACGCCACCACCAACCACUACAACAGCUCCUUUGACCACUACUACAACAACACUAACCACUACAACAGCACCUACGACCAUGACAAUGACAACAACAACCACUACAACAGCACCUCCAACCACCACUACAACACCACCACCAACCACCACUACAACAACAUCACCAACCACUACAACAGCAACUCCAACCACCACUACAACACCACCACCAACCACCACUACAACACCACCACCAACCACCACUACAACAUCACCUCCAACCACCACUACAACACCACCAAUCACUACAACACCACCACCAACCAGUACAACAGCACCUCCAACCACCACUACAGCAACACCAAAAACCACUACAACACAACCACCAACAACUACAACAGCAGCUCCAACCACCACUACAACAACACCACCAACAACUACAACAGCACCUCCAACCACCAGUACAACAACACCACCAACCACUACAACAACACCUCCAACCACCACUACAACAACACCACCAACCACUACAACAGCAACUCCAACCACUACAACAGCAACUCCAACCACUACAACAGCAACUCCAACCACCACUACAACAACACCACCAACCACUACAACAGCACCACCAACCAGUACAACAGUGGCUCCAACUAUUCACAAAGCACAUCAAUUUUGA